GACCAAAGAUCCACAUGUUGCAGAACUCUAGUAAUUAGUGAUUGUUGCACAUUCUGAGAAAAAGAGCAUUGUGGCAAAUUAGACAAACAAUCUGUCUCUAUUUGAUUCUAAUUACAAAUCUGAGAAACAGAAAAUUCUUUAACAAAAUGGCUGAAGCAAUGCGUCAAACCGUGGCUGGAAUGUUGAAGGGCAUUGAAAGAUACAAUCCAGAUCAUUUAGCAACUCUCGAAAAAUAUGUUGAAAUUCAAUCAAGAGAAAAUGCAUAUGAUUUAGAAGCUAAUUUAGCAGUUUUGAAGCUGUAUCAAUUAAAUCCACAUAGAUUUAACGUCGAUAUUACGUGUCAAAUAUUGUUAAAAGCUCUGACAAAUCUACCGCACACAGAUUUUGUUCUGUGCAAAUGUCUCCUCAGUGAAAGAAUUAUGCAGGAAAGCCCCAUUAACCAAAUUAUGUAUUUAGGAGAUAUUUUAGAACAAUGUGACUUUCAGCAUUUUUGGGAUAGAGUCUUGUCCAUGUCUGAUCUUUGCGACAGAAUUGUAGGAUUCCAGGAUUCGAUAAGAAAAUUUGUUUGUCAUGUAGUGGGAAUUACUUUUCAAACAAUAGAUAAAAGCCUGUUGGCACAACUUCUUGGUGGUGUUGAUGAUAACACCUUGAAACAUUGGGUAAAGAAGUAUGGAUGGAAAGAGGAAAGUAAAACGAUUGUCUUUAUCGCCAAUCAAGACGAAAAUAUAAAAACAAAAAAUAUUACAGAAAAAAUAGAUUUCGAAAAUGUAGCUGGCUUAAUGGCAGCUUGUCUUUAAGAGCUGCAAAUUAAAUAAACGUUUUUUUGUACGCAA